AGCAUAGCCACGCCGAAAUGGCCGGGGCUGAGCCCGAGGCAGACGCCGGCGUGUCUCAGACAAGAGGCAACCCCAAAGUUCGUGCAGAUCCUCGAGCAGCUGCUGCUGCAGGUGCCGGCGCCGGUGAUGAGGACCAGAUCCGCAAGCAGAUCAUCGAGCAGCUGCUGCUGCAUGUGCAAGCGCUGCGUGCAGACGGCGAGCCUAUCCAGACUCCGGCGUCUCAGCAAGCUAAAGAAGACGCGGAGUAUCUGGACAAGAUGCGCGGGUGGCUGAUGACGGUGGCCACGCUCUUCGUCGGCUUCGCGUUCCAGACGGGGAUGCACCCGCCAAACUGGAUACCCAAGGACUAUUUGCUGCUGUGGGUAGCCGCGCAUACUCCCUAUCCAGACUCCAAGACCAAGCACAAUGCCCUGCUCGCCCUCAGGAAUGCAGGUCAUACUAUACCUCUUUUCAUGUUCUUGAACACGGUUACACUUGCCAUAGGGCUGGGUCUCUUGGUGAAGCUGCUGCUGAUGAAAAAGACCCCGUCUAGAGGCGACAUGAAGCUCGUUACUUUCAUGGUGGUGGGUCUCGCCAUGACUGUGGCAUGCACCUUCGCCUCCGGUGUCUCGGGCAGUCCACUCGUUGAUUCACUGGUUCUUGUUUUUCUGGCGACAUACGGCGUCUGGACGGUCGUCAGUGUGAACGGUUGGUUAAGUAACUAUGGAAGUUGGUUUAGGUCACGGUGAAGCGUGUCCACCCCAGUGACUGAGUGUCUAUAUGGGUCUAUGUCUAUCUACCUCUCAGCCGGCCAAUAAAAGCUUAUUUCUCAAUCGGCCAUACAAGUACCCUUGUUUCUUUGUGUUUUACAUUCGACCUGUGCUGGGCUGGUAAUAAAGUUAUCUCUGU